UGAUUACAAGUAUAUAGAGAACCACACCAGACUGAGAACUUUACCUUGUAUACAGUGUGUUCGUUUCUAAACCAAACUGGGAAACUUUUGCUUCGUUAACCCCCGUAUUAUACAAAAUGUCGUCUACUGCUGGCCUUGUGAUCCACUGCAAAGCUGCGGUUGCAUGGGAAGCAGGGAAGCCAUUGGUGAUAGAGAUGGUGGAGGUUGCUCCACCCCAGGCCAUGGAAGUUAGGGUCAAGAUAAAGUAUACCUCACUUUGUCACACUGAUCUCUACUUCUGGGAAGCCAAGGGUCAGACGCCACUGUUCCCGCGAAUCUUCGGCCAUGAAGCAUCUGGAAUUGUUGAGAGUGUUGGGGAAGAAGUUGAACACCUCCAGGUUGGUGAUCAUGUGCUACCAGUUUUCACGGGAGAAUGCGGGGACUGUGCGCAUUGCAAGUCUGAGGAAAGCAAUAUGUGUAACCUGUUAAGAAUUAAUACAGACAGAGGGGUCAUGCUUAGUGAUGGGAAACCAAGGUUUUCUAUCAAAGGGACUCCCAUUAAUCACUUUCUUGGCACAUCCACCUUCAGUGAAUAUACUGUUGUUCAUUCAGGCUGUCUUGCCAAGAUCAAUCGCCUGGCACCUUUGGAUAAAGUUUGCAUCCUUAGUUGUGGCAUCUCAACAGGCUUGGGUGCCACCCUGAAUGUAGCAAAACCGAAGAAGGGAUCUUCAGUUGCUGUCUUUGGACUUGGGGCUGUUGGCCUGGCUGCUGCUGAAGGUGCAAGAAUAUCUGGGGCAUCACGGAUAAUUGGGAUCGACCGAAAUCCCAAGAGAUUUGAGGAAGCCAAGAAAUUUGGAGUAAAUGAGUUUGUGAAUCCAAAGGACCAUGACAAACCAGUGCAAGAGGUUAUUGCUGAGAUGACAAACGGUGGAGUUGAUAGGAGCUUAGAGUGCACAGGCAAUAUUAACGCCAUGAUAUCGGCUUUUGAAUGUGUUCAUGAUGGAUGGGGUGUGGCUGUGCUUGUUGGAGUUCCGAACAAGGAUGCAGUCUUCAUGACUAAGCCGAUUAAUGUGCUGAAUGAAAGGACGCUUAAAGGAACAUUUUUUGGGAACUAUAAACCUAGGACAGACCUUCCCUCUGUUGUGGACAUGUACAUGAACAAGGAACUGGAGGUAGAGAAGUUCAUAACUCAUCGAGUUCCUUUCUCCGAGAUCAACAAAGCCUUUGAUUACAUGGUGAAGGGGGAGGGAUUGCGAUGCAUCAUUAGCAUGGAAGAGUAGCUGCUAUCAGUUCAUAAUUAAACUUCAAUUAGUUUCGUUGAUGAACAGCUUUAAGUAUUCAACGAAGUACGCAGUUUCACACUGCUUAAGCAAUAUUUUGUGUAACCUGACAUGGAAACUAUCAGCCUCCAUUCAAAGUCAAAUUGGGUUCAAUAAGUAAAUUGUAGAAUGCAUUUUGAAUAAGACGAGUUCAAGUACAA